AUGACGUCGCUCAGUGAUCUUCCGCAUGCGCGUAGCUAUCUCGAUGGCAUGGCAAUGUAUAAGAGCCUUAGGGACCCCUAUCACCUCCGCAGAGAACUGCCGAAGAAGUGGUCCACAGUUACGUACUACGAUGCUGCUCCAGACUCCGUCAUAAGUCAGGAUGGAUUCACAAUUGACACGGUGUCCAUUAGCUACUAUGGCGCGGAGUCAUCGAGAGCAUAUGUUGCAGAACGCUGUGUUGACCCGCGCUAUCCAUUCUACUAUUAUGAAGUGUCCAUCACGUCGCUCGUCUUCUAUCAUAGCGACUCGGAUGGAUCAAACCUGAUCGCCGAGAACGGGAGUAAUGAAGCUCUAAAGUCCAAGUCACCUCCGCCUACAGCACUUCGAGUUUGGGAUCGACUUUGGGACGAUGGUAUAGGAUACCCGGGCUAUUCCGGAGAGUCUGUGGCAGGUGUAUUCAUCCUUCCCUGGCCAAGUACUUCAGGCGGUGUCUCAGCCGGAGAUAUACUAGGUUGUGGGAUCUCACGCUCUGAGGGUCGGAUAUUCUACACUAAGAAUGGUAGCCGUGUUGGUAAGGCUCCAUUGAGAUUAGUGUGCAGGACAUGGGCUCACAGUGUCUGGCGGCCCGUGUGUACUACAGGUGACUCACUGGACAUCAGUAAAUUCCUGAACGCAAAGAUGACAAGGCUACGCCCGGUCGUCUAUGUGACUCUCAAAAAUCGCGGCAACCCACUAAUUCCGCCAUUUCUUCGCUUGCGCACUACCGCCAACUUUGGGCAAGACAAAUUCACAUUUGACAUCGCACGCUUUGCAGAAGAUAUAAGGCAGCAGAGAUACCUAUUUCCGUACGACGCUAGGUUGCUGCCCGAUGAAGUCAUUGCGAUGAUCGCUGCAUUUGCUGCGGAAAUCAUUGUAGCCGAAGAGGAUGUGUGA